AUGAUGAUGAUGAUGAAUCGGAUAUAUGAUAAUGGUGAUGAUGAUUAUGAUUCGGAUAUUGAUGAUGAUGAUGAUGAUGAUGAUGAUGAUGAUGAUGAUGAGGAUGAUGAUGAUUCGGAUGAUGAUGAUUCGGAUGAUGAUGAUGAUUCGUUUGAGGAUGAUGAUGAUGAUGAUGAUGAUGAUGAUGAUGAUGAUGAUGAUGAUGAUGAUGAAUGA